AUGCUGCUGCCCCGGGCGGGUGGUGCCGCGGGCCGGGCCUCGCCGCCGCUGGCCGCCCUGUCCCAGGUGCUGCGGCUGGAGCGGAGCCGCCGCAGCGCCAUCGUGUUCCCGCUGCAGAAGCUGGAGCGGUACCUGGCGCCCGGCACGGACACGGCGCGGUUCCGCCUCUUCCAGCCCGGGCUGGCCGCCCUGCAGCGCGCCGAGGCGCUCUUCAGGUCCGGCCGCGGGCACUCCAUCGACUACGUGAGCUCCGCCGUGCGCAUGGACCAUGCUCCGCCGCCCGCCCUGCCCGAGGUGUGCUUCAUCGGCCGAAGCAAUGUGGGGAAAUCCUCUUUAAUCCGGGCCUUGUUUUCACUGGCUCCAGAAGUGGAAAUUAGAGUGUCAAAAACUCCGGGCCACACGAAGAAGAUGAAUUUCUUCAAAGUAGGCAAGUACUUUACACUGGUGGACAUGCCAGGAUAUGGCUAUCGCGCCCCACAGGACUUUGUUGAGAUGGUGGAGGCCUAUCUGCAGGAACGGCACAACUUGAAGAGGACCUUCCUAUUAGUAGAUGGUGUAGUUGGACUCCAGAAAACAGAUCACAUUGCAGUGGAGAUGCUGGAAGAGUUUGGGAUUCCUUAUGUGAUGGUGUUAACAAAAAUUGACCGAGCUUCCAGGGGAUUGUUGUUAAAGAAAGUACUGGAGAUUCAGGAGUUUGUAAAAGAGAACACUCAGGGAUGCUUUCCUCAGCUGUUCCUGGUCAGUUCUGUGGAGUUCUCGGGGGUUCACUUGCUCAGGUGUUUUGUAGCCCAUGUUACUGGAAACCUGCCCACUGUAGAGGCCUGCUGAAAAGACCUGCUGAUCUGCUUGGCUCAUCAGGAACAAAAGUAGGUGCAGCAGGGUAGCAUGCCUUGCUUGCAGACACUGAGUUGUCCCUGUUCCACAGGGAUGAAGGAAAGAACACAUCUUUCAUGGGAUCUGCUUUUCCAUGAGUGUUGGCUUGAAACAGAGUGGAAUAAAAGACUGAUGUCUAGAGGAGCCCUGUCCUGCACACUGUCAGGAGUCAGUGCUGCAUCUACCUUCUGUUUUGAGAUCCAGUAUGAAUUUCUGCAGCUCCACUUGGAGGAGCUGCCAGAUCUGAGGCACACCACCCAUGAUCUGUAUCGGCUCUACCGUGGCAGCCGAAGCACAACACUGAUGUGUGCUGCACUCUUUAGGGGAACUGCGUGCCACAGCAGCUGUGUCUGUUUCAGAGCACCUGAAACUAUCCAGUUACAAGGCAGAACUGGGCGAAAGGACAGGCCAUCAAUAGCAGUGCUCGUACAGGAAAACUUAGUCUGAAGCUAUGAAGUGCCUGUGUCAAACCCUGGCACUCAGUCUUUGUCAUGUCUUAACAUGGCCAAAUGUGGUUAUGCAGUUGUCAAAGUUACUUGCAUUAAGUGUUUAAACAUCAAGAAAGGAAAGUUCUUUUCUAAACCACUCUGACAGUGCAAAAGGAUUAGAAAUAUCACUUUCUUUACUAUGCAAUUUCUUGUAAGACACUAGUCAUGAGACAAGAUCUGUUUUCAGAAUAAAUGCAAGAAGAGGAGAACGUGACGAAUGCAGUAAAUGUGGCUCUCUAGCUUCUGUGUCUUAGUGAUCAAACCUGUAAUUCUGUUAA